CAUAUUCAGGAUACCGACUCAACGAUGGCACAAGACGACAACAGCACCAUGUACCUACAUCAGUAUGACGACAUGUACGCUCUCAAAUAUCGCCCGGCCAUAGUGUUUGUAGCUGUGUGUAUGUUGGUUGGUGUGGUUGGUAACUCGCUGGUCUGCUACGUCUAUCUGCGCAAGUUCAAACCAAGCACAACAAGGUGUUUCAUUGUAACACUAGCAAUCCUGGACAUUCUGAACUGUUCUCUGAGCAUACCUCUUAAGAUCGUACAAAUGAGAUAUCAUGCCACGUUCGGACUGUCCAACUUCUGUAGGGUGUCCACAAUGACUGUCACGCUCUUCUCGUUGGCAUCCGCAGGAGUUCUUUUACCAGUCGCGGUUGACAGAUAUUUAAAGAUAUGCAAACCAUUCGUCAGACAGAUGACAAUCUUCCAUGCAAAGGCAGGUUGUGGGGCGGCGUGUGCAGCGGCGUUGGUUCUAACAAUACCUCCUGCCAUCAUCCAUGGCCCAACAAUUCACUCGCUGCCUCAAGCAAACGCCACCUUUUGUUACCUAGCAGACGGAGAAGGGGGAACUCGUCCCCAUCUGAUAUAUUCUUGUGUUCAGAUAUGUUUGUUUGUAGUGACUGCAGGGGCUCUUGUUGUCAUGUACACAUGUAUAUGGCAUAAGCUGUACAAGCAGAAGAAAGCCUUUCGUCAAAGGAUAAUCGCAGGUAUUUUGAACACUCCAAAGCAUAACAAUACAACCAGAUCGACUGAUGGAACGUCAGAUAAAGGGAAGGGCAUCAGAUCUGCACGGCAGUCAUUCCGUAAAGUAUCGCCAUCCACAGCCUUUGGAGAUGUUUCCAAUUCAAAUCAUGGUUUCGAUGAUUCGUCCGAGACAAGUUGUUCAGAUGUGAAUGACACUUCAGCGAAACCCCAAACACGUUGUGCAGACAAAUGCUCGAACAUAGUGACAUCUACACGAAAUAAGGCUUCAAAACCACAAUCAGGACCCAGAGCGUUGAAAACAACAUUUAUGUUGUUCAUCAUCACAGCUGUAUUCAUCAUCAGCUUCUUACCCCACCUGAUCCUGAUGAUAGCUUCUUUUGUUAAAUCCAACUUUGAGGACUCUUUGCAAGGAGCCGGGAUCAUAACGUAUAAUAUAUUCCUACGGUCCUACUUUUUAAACAGUGCAUUUAACUGCAUUGUGUACAGUUUCUGCAAUGAAAGAUUCAGAAAUGAAACGAAGAAUUUAGUGGUCUCUUGUUUUCGUUGAGACAAACAUGUGAGAUACAAGAUGAAACCAUGGAACAUAGAUAGAAGUUGAACACUUUGUUAAGUGAAAAAACAUUUGGCUGAUAUUCAGUGUGGUUCCAUCUAUGCGUUAAUUGCGAUAAAACUUGGAUGUAUAAACAAUAACAAAGGUUUUCUCAGGACAGGUAGAUGUACUUCUGUACAACGACUAACGAAGAGAAAUAUGAUAUUAUAAUAAUAAUAUAUUGCAUGGAAAAAUGCCACGCUGUUACACACUGGCUUCAUUGAAUACUGCAACCAACCUUUUCUUCAGUCUGAUAUUGAUGCAUGCUGCAGUUGACUCGAAACCAUGACUACGAUUGACAGUCUGUUUUCUUUCACACGUGUGGAUGAGAAACCUAAGUGCGAUAACGUAUCAAACGCGUGAGAUCGCAUCCUAAGUACGUGUCAGGUUUACUCCAUGAUGACCCUAAGGUCAGAUUAUUACGGACUGCUUUUCAUGACACAUGCACGUUUGUCGUGCUUUGGCCCAGUCGAGACGUUAUGAUUUUGUUAAUAAUGUUCUUGAGACUUAUCUAGUUUUCAUUUUCGCCUUGAUAAAUACUAUGUUUAAAGGGAGCGUCAACGUCGAGGGUCACAUGACGUAUGAGUAUUACGUAGUCAGAUGACGUCACAAAUGAUCUUUGUGUUAUGUAUUAAUGCGCUACUGUGAUAAUGAAAAGUGACUAGAAGGUGUCGUUGCAAUUUUAAAACUGUGGUUUUGUGUAAGAAACAGAUUCUGCACCCAUCAGAUUUCAUUUAUCUUU